AUGAAUAAUUCUAAAUUUCCAAAUUAUAUUUAUAAAACUAUAAUUAACUUUUUAAUUGAAUAUAAUUAUAAACAUAAACAAUCAUUAAAAGCAUAUAAAAACUUAUUAAAUUAUAAUAAUGAAGUUAUUCAACUUUCUCUAGUAUCAAAAAAGUGGUUUGAGUUAGUGUCAAUCUCUUUAAAAGAAAUUUUAAAAUUUAAAAAUAUUAAAUUAUUAUCAAAUUUAAUAGAUUAUAAAAAUAUUAAAAAUAAAAAUAAAAUAAUUAAUUAUUCAUUAAGUAUUAAUAAUAAUGAUAAUCACAACAAUAAUAAUAAUAAUCAACCAUCUUUAUUAAGAAUUCAUCAAUAUAAAAAAAGUAAACAUAUUAAUAAUUAUUAUAAUAUGCAACCAAUUUAUAAAAAAGUAUUAUUAGUUUCAAAAAAUCAUCAAGAUUCUAUGGAUAUUAUAAAAUCGAUUAAAAAUUAUCCACCAAAUUAUUUAUUUAAUAUAAGAGUAUCAUCAAAUGGACCUGCUUUUUUAGUGAAUCAAUUUGGAAAAUUAAAAGAAUUUUUAUUAUUAAAUAUUGGUAAUGAUAAUGAUGAAGGAUUGGAAAUAAUUGAAAAUAAUUUAAAACUAAAUGUAACAAUAGAUUCGAUAGUAAAAGAAAAAACUACAACAACAUCAACAAUGGAAACUACAGAAAAAUUAUUAUUAAAUAGAAUUAAUAAAAUUAAAUUCUGUGGUAAUUAUUGUGGUAGUAAUAGUUUUGAUCCUACAGAAGUUUUUAAGAAAUUAAGUGAAUUAAACCCAAAGAGAUUAGAAUUUAAUAGUUUUAUGGAAAAACCAAUUACAAGACUCCCAUUUGAAGUUUUUAAUUUAAAAUCAUUAAAAUCAUUAAAAAUAAAUGAUUCUUCUAUUUUAGAACCAAGUUGUCUUUCAAAAAUUGAUAAUCAAACUACAAAAUUAAAAAAGCUAACUACUUAUUUACCAUUUAAUCUAUAUGUAGAAGCUUUUAAUUCUAGAGAUGAUAACUAUAUUAAAGAGUAUGGUUGGGGUCAACUCUUUGAAAUAUUAUCAAAUAAUAGAACAAUUAAAAAACUACAUAUUAAAUAUAUUUUCUUAUCAUCAAGACGUUAUUUAGAUUAUAUGAAUGCUAAAUGUAUUGACCCAUUUAAACAAAAUACAAAUAAAUUAAACCAAUAUUUUAGUUUAAUUUUUGAUAAUAAUAAUAAUAAUAAUGGUAGUGGUAGUAGUGGUUGUAUAAUUGAAACUUUAAUAAUUGAUAAAUGGUAUUUCAUAAAUUCAAUACUUUAUAAUUCAUUAUCAUUAAAUAAAUCAAUUAUAAAUUUAAAAUUAUUUGACCAAUUUGUUGAACCAUUCUUUGAAUUUGUUUUACCAAUAAAUAAAACAAUUAGAAAUUUAUAUUUAAAGAAUCCAAUACUUGGUAAAAAGAAUUUAUUUGAUAUUUUUAAAAAAUAUUUUAAUUUAAUUUUAAAUUUAUAUUCAAUUUCAAUUGUAUUUAUAAUUACAAAAGUAACAUCAACAUUUAUUGAAAAACAAAUUGAUUUAAUUAAAAAUUAUUAUUUAUCAUUAUCACAAUCAGAAACUUCAAAUUUAAAAGAAAUUAAUUUUUUAAUAGAUUAUAAAGGAUUUAAAUUAGAAAAUAAUAAAAAAAUUAUAAAUUUUACUAAAGUUUAUAAUAUUAUAAUUUCAAAAAUACCAAUAAAUUUUGUAUAA